AUGAGUUUGACCAAACUGCGGGAGGCAGUGGAAGAAGACAGGAGUGCCUGGCGUGCUCUGGUCCAGGGGGUCACGAAGAGGCGGACACGACUCAACAACAACAGAGGUGAGGUUUCCUGCCCCCCCCCGCCUCUUCAUGCAAAUCAUGCCGCUCCCUCAGCCAAUCAGCGCCCGCGCCUGCCUCGUUCCAGCUCCGACCCCUCCGCACUGGGCGACAACCACCACCCGUCAAACAGGUCGCGGUUGCCCGGGGAGCGGAGGCUUCUGGCAACGGCGUGCGUCCGGGCCCGUAGCAACGGAAACACCUCGCCAGCCGCCUUCUCGCCCCGGCCAAAACAGCAGCAGCAGCAGCAGCAGCUCGGAGCUUGA